AUGACUGCACUGACUAGACCAUGGGAAAAUGCUGCCGAAUCUUUGCCCUCUUCCCCCGUAACCAACGGCACGACUGCGGUGGCGCAUCAAAGCCCCACCGUUGAAGUCAGCGCAACAUCACCUUCAAAUGCACUCACAACCCAAUCUGCAUCUGCCAAAGUUGCGCAAAGCUCAUUGAACAGUUCUAAGCAGGUGUUAUCGGGCAACAAUACGACAGCUUCAGCCAACCGUUAUGCAUCUGGUUAUAAUUCUGGAACUGGAUACAAUGGUCUCGGCAUGGGUGGCAUGUAUGGUGGUCUUGGUAUGGGUAGCAUGUAUGGUGGUCUUGGUAUGGGUGGCAUGUAUGGUGGCCUAGGAAUGGGUGGCAUGUAUGGUGGCCUAGGAAUGGGUGGUAUGUAUGGUGGCCUAGGAAUGGGAAUGGGCAUGUCUGAAGAUUUUCAACGCAGUCAGAUGACUUUCAUGCUUCUUGGGCGUCUGCUUGAAAUGUGCGGCAUGUUUGCAGGUGUUAUACAGAUGACUUUUGGGAGUGCUCUUCAGUUCAUGGGCAAUUAUAUCGGGAUGAGUCAGCAGUACAAUCAACUGAAAUCUGGCAUGUACAUGGAUGAAAGUGGAAAAUGGGUUCAGCUACCGAAGAGAAGUCUCACUGACAAGGACCGUUUGAAUACUUCCCACAAGCGAAGGUAUGCGAGUCGAAAGCGAAGAGAACGGCCAUGGGUUGCCACUUUGAGGCGAAUCAUAUUCUUCUUGUUAGCUGUUUUUAUUGCCAGAAGGCUAAUGGUUCGGGCAGCAGCAGGACCGUUAUCUCUACCUACGUCCUGA